UGGAAGCGUCGAGUCGCAGGCGUUGCUCUUGGCCCAGCGGAGGGAUGCCUGGCCAGCGGUAGAGGCACUUGCUCGCUCGCUCUCCGGGCGGCCAACAAGUGUUCUCGCACUCGAUGGGCGCCAACGCAAUCCUUCUUCCACUGAUGAGUCGCGACUCCUCGAUGGCCUCGUCAGCCGUGGACUAAUUAAUAAUUGUUACUCGUGAAGAAGAAAAAUAGUGCUGCUGCUUUUAAGAACAUGCGUCUCUGACUUUCAAGCGAACUGUUUUAAAGUUAAGGCUUUGCGUUGCGGUUAUUGCAGUUGAUUUCCAAGCGUUCUCACGGUCUCUGCCAGAAAUUGGAGGAAUCCCUCGGAGGAAAACGGGUACAUACAUAAUAUAAAUUAACAAAAGUAGCUGCUGCGUCUCUGUAGAAAAAAUUGUAUAUUCGUACGUGUCUGUGUGUUGUUCUACGUGUUUGGAUGGUGUAGAAGAAGAAGAAGAAGUGAAGAGUUAAGAAAGAUGAACGGGUCGGUGGUGCAGGACGAGUUGUUGCUGCUGCGGCUGGCGGACGACGAUCGCGACGUCUUCCUGCUGUUCAACGGCUCGCUGAACGGCUCGGCCCUCAACGGCAGCAGCAACGACACGUUGCUGCUGUUCGACGACAACCCCUAUCCGAGCGGCAACUCGAUGAUGCACAUCAUCCUGGCGUCGGUGGUGGUCACCGUGCUGAUGAUCGUCGUCGUCGUCGGCAACAUGCUCGUCAUCAUCGCGAUCGCGACCGAGAAGUCGCUCAAGAACAUCCAGAACUGGUUCAUCGCGUCGCUCGCCGUCAGCGACUUCUUCCUCGGACUCGUCAUCAUGCCCUUCUCGCUGGCCAACGAGCUCAUGGGCUACUGGAUCUUCGGCCCGUUGUGGUGCGACAUCCACUCGGCCCUCGACGUCCUCCUCAGCACCGCCUCCAUCAUGAACCUCUGCCUGAUCAGCCUGGACCGCUACUGGUCCAUCACGCAGGCCAUCGACUACCUGAAGAAACGCACGCCGCUCAGGGCGGCCAUCAUGAUCUGCCUCGUGUGGCUCCUCAGUGCCCUCAUCUGCAUACCGCCCCUGCUCGGAUGGAAGGUCGAACGGCCCCCCGAAGAGUUCCCCAAAUGCGAGCUGAGCCAAGACCUGGGCUACGUGCUGUACUCGGCGCUGGGCUCGUUUUACAUCCCGAGCUGCAUCAUGGUUUUCGUUUACAUCCGAAUCUACUUCGCGGCGAAGGCGCGCGCCCGGCGCGGCAUCCGGAAGCGGCCGCCGAAGCAGGAGGAGCAAAAGCAGAGCACGAGCUUCACGACGGUGGCCAAGUUGAUGCCGCUGGCGCACAUCCACAGCCUGGCCGGCGACGGCCCCUUCCCGGGCGGCCUCAUGAUCCCGGGCGCCGAGCACGGCUACAAAUCGGCGGCGCCGACCAUCGUCGAGGAGGCGGCGGGGCCGAGCGCGAUCGCCACCGUGGAGAGCGCGAUGGCCGCCUCCGGCGGCCAGGCCACCAUCCAAAUCCCGGUGGUGACGUGCGACCUGGCGUCGGACGUCAGCAUCAGCGACGCCGACAUGUCGAUGCAGGAGAACGGCGCCGCGUACCUGGAGGCGCCGCGCCACGGCGUCACCUUCAUCCAGCAACACGCGACGCACCCGCUCGCCAGCGCCUUCCGCGACUCGAGCCAGUCCGUCAACGGCGACCUGCGCCAGACCGAGGCCAACACCAUCAGCGUCGCCAUCGACAACGACAUGGUCAGCGAGUUCGACCCGUCCUCGUCCGACUCGGGCGUCGUCAGCAAGUGCGCCGUCGUCAAGCCGCUCAAGCUGCGCCUCAUGAAGCCCAUCUUCAGUCGCAGGAGCAAGGCGGCCAAGGAGGCCGACAAGAAGGCGGCCGCCGCAAAGAGUAAAGCGAGGUUGCCGGUGUGCCGCGAGGUGCCGGAAGUGGCCAAGCUUCCUCAGUACCAAAUGCCGCCCAAGCCGAGAGACCCGGAGCGCGAGAAGCGGCGGGUGGCGCGCAAAAAGGAGAAACGCGCCACGCUGAUCCUGGGCCUGAUCAUGGGCUCGUUCAUCGCGUGCUGGCUGCCCUUCUUCCUCAUGUACAUCAUCACGCCGCUGUGUCCGGUGUGCGACAUCCCGCCGGUCGCCUUCUCCAUCGCCUUCUGGCUCGGCUACAUGAACUCGGCCCUCAACCCGGUCAUCUACACCAUCUUCAACAAGGACUUCCGCAGGGCCUUCCGCAGGAUACUCUUCAAGUGACCGUUCUAGUCGCUGAUGCACGCCCCUGAGAUAUGCCAAGCCGUUCGCCAAAAGACUUUUCUGCUUGCUACUCUCGUCAUUUGUUCUCGUUCGUUCGACGGUUCGCGCCAAAAUAUACAAAUUCAUCGCCGCCAGCUGCGUAAAUUUUCUGUGUUUUGAUUUUUGUGAACGUUUUCGAAACAAAGCCCAAAACAUCCUUAAUUAUUUAUUUUAAAGACCAACAUUGGUUAUUUUUUUUUAUUUUAAAUUCUUAAAGUAGAUUAAAUUUCAUGACCAGAGGUGAAAUUGCGAUCAGAAAAUAUGCACAAUAAACGUAAAAAGUCGAGUUUCACCUUUUCCCGCCAAAUAUUUUUGAACUUCCGAGGAUAAUUAGAUGCAGAACUUGCAGAUGAUAUUGAUAAAUCACAGAGAUGCAAUCACUGCAUCUAGAUCAUAAUUUCAAUUAAAUAUACAGCAACGAACUUCCCUCAAAAUUCAAAGUUUUUUGGCGGGAAAAUUUGAACCACUCCUUUAGGUGUGAAUUUUUGAUCGCAAUUUUAACGCUGAGCAUGAAAUUUGGCCUUCUUUCAGAUUUUGAAUUGAAAAUAUUUCCUGGUGUGAGUCUUUGUUAUUAAUCCGAUUCCAAAAACUGAAGUAUUAUUUUUUUAUUUUGCUAAAAUUGUUCCAAAUGCAGCCAUAUUUUAUAAAUUGGCCAUCAUUACGGCAAAAAUCCCUUUAUUUUCAAUUUUAAAAGUAAUUUUGUUUGCAAUUUUGGUUUCCUUUAGAAAUUUUAAACUUUCCACUUCCAAAUUGUGCUUCCCUUUUUCUCCGCUUAUAUUUGAUACGCAGCUGAUAUUUUUGCGGGACGAAACCCUGAUUACGUACGUAUGAAACGUCGAAUUGCACUAAAACUGAAACAAUUGCUCUGUACAUAUUUUAAACUUAGCGAAAAGAGUGACUUUUGUAAGAACUAACGAUUAUUAAAAAAAACUAAACUACUGUACUUGUUAUCAAUCUGUGGCUAACUAAUUACACCUUAAGAGUUAAAUAUUAUAUAUAAUAUUAAAUUUGAGAAACAACAAUGAAACAAUUAUUAAUUAAGGUAUUAAAAAAUAAUGUUGACGCGCGAGGAAUAAUUGUACUGUGAUAUUAACGCUUAAAAAAAACGAGGAAUGCGAUGUUGUGAACGAACACACACAUACAAGACUUGGGGUUGCGAGAUAUUUGAUGCCGACUUAAACAAAAUACGUGCACGUGUAAACAAAAUCAUAAUAAUAUUGAAUAUGUGAGAUAUUUUCGUUUGCAAGCAAAAAUACAUCCCCCCAUGCAAAUUAUAUAGUUGAGAGUGGUGAAAAAACGAGGUCAUACACAUACUGCAUCUUGUCAUUAUUGCAAGUACAAUCAUCCAGAUAGAAAGAAGGCACGAAACUGGUUGAUCCGUUGGACGGCCUGGCUGACCAACACCUACCAGUUGGUGGGCAUUCAGUAACCUGUUUCUGAGCUUGGAGGUCGCUGAAUCCCUGGCAACAGGAGACAAAAAUAAGAGUUAAGUGUACACAUGUCUAACCCUUAACUAAUAAUUUACUUACAAAAAAAAAAAAACACAAUGAAGCAACGAAAUUAAACUUUGGUGGAUCUCAUUUCACCGUGAAAACUGGUUGCCAACUGAAAACUCUAAUACCCUGAAAUUGUUAUGAUUAUUUUUUAAAAAUCCAAAUAAUUAAUUGAAAUUUGUAGCAAAUUUUAUUGAAAAAACAUUCAUUUGUAAAUGAUGACUUUACUAUACCAAUUUUUAAUCGCUAAACGUUUUUAAAAUUUAGUCCAAACAUGUUUGAGCACGUUUAAGGUCACUUUUUGCCUAAAUUCUGACUUUAAGGAGAAUUUUUUUGUUAAAAAUGCCCCUUUUUUUAAGAAGAGAACAAAUUAAACAAAAAGGUUCAUAUUUAUUUAUUUUUUUUUGCUUUUCUUGAAAUGAAUAUCCAAAGGUUUUUUAAUUUCCAGUUUUAUAAAGAAAAAAUUUGUGGAUUUUAUUUUAUUUAAUUAAAAUAGACAACAAUGCCAUUUUAAAAUGCACAGUUUAUUAUUCUCGAUUAUUUGAACUAGAUUAUUUUUACUUUACCUCCAUAAAAAUCAAUUUUUUUUAUUUUUUUUUUUUUAUAUUUGACCUAUUACUUAAAAUUAAGGUAAAAAUGAACCUAAACGUUGAAGACAUUCACAAUUUUCUUCUAAUUUAUAUCCCUUUAAGAAAAUUUUAAAUAUUUGAAUAUGACCUUUUUUUUCAAAUUCCAUAAAAAAGUGAAUAAAACUAUGUUGUGACUUCUGGGUUUUAUUUUUGUAUUAUUUCAAUUGUCAACCAGAGUCUACGGUGAAAUCCAUCCUUUGUGAAAUGGUGCUAAAUUUCGAGGAAUGAGAGCAUGAUAUUAAUUAUUAAUAUGUGGGUGGCGCGGCGUGUGUUCAGAAAAAUGUUAAUAUUUUCAAAGGGCAUAUCAAAAAGGUUGCUUUUUCAGGACGGUUCUCGUCGUUGCUCUUCUCGCAGACCAAAAAUAAUACCGAUGCAUUUAGAAAAGCUCUAUUUUUAAAUCCACAAAACAUGCCACGAAAUUCCAAUGAAAUAAAAAAAAAAAUCCUGCACAAUAAAAAAUUAAAUUAAAUAAAGAAAGAAAGUUCAGCACCGUUGGAGACACUCAAGAGAGAUUCUUAAUUGUAAAUAACCCGUUAUUUGAUGGAUGUUUUCAUAUAUUUAUCAUUAUAAAUAAAUCUUUAACAAAAUAUAUUCUACACGCAUAUGUGAAAAAAUAAAAUUUAUCCGACUCAAGAGAGAAUGUGGAUAAUUUUUCAUUCAGCUGUGGCACGUCAAGUUUGAAAUAUCCUAAGAAAAUGCUUGAGCCCCAUUCUUCUUAGGAUCAUCUCAGACCGUCUCAAAAGCCACAGAAUAAAAUGUAUAUGAAUCGAGGCCGGAAAUAAUGUGCGUAUAUUUUCAUACAAAGCCAAAGCAGACUUAAAAAGAAAGCGAUAUUUGUAGAGAGGGACUAAAUAUAUAUAAAACUACUGAUCAUGUUGUUGCAGCCGAAGUAAAACUUUACGUGUGUGUUGUGUCGUUCUGUAAUUGUAGAAAAACGGGAGAGAAAAGAAGAAAUUUAAAGUUGAAUAAUAUCCACGUACAUUCUAAAUGUUUCAUAGCCCAUUGAAAAGCGCGAAAAUUCCGACAUUCAAAUACAUACGCGCCUUGUAAAUCUCUAACUAUAAAUUAUACUGUAAAUGUUAUGUACAAUGCAGAAUUUUAUUCGCGGCGGACUGUUGUUCCGUUCAAAAGAGGAAGCUUAACGGUGUCGAAAAUAAUUAUACACAUUCAGAUUUUAAUUAAACACGCCACAAAAAUAAAAUAAAAUGCUUCUUCAACGCAGUGAAUAUGGUGCGCUCAUUCACCGCACUCUCUCAGCUUAGGAAAUAUCCAUGAUAUAAAAAAAAAAUGAAAAAUACUAAAGAAGAUAUGAAACUAUAUUAGCAGGAAGGAGCAAAGACGCAGAUGAGUAUUCGUCAUUGGCGUGUAUUUGAUUCCGAAAACAAUGUUAAACUGAUGAGAUAUGAGUGUACGUAAUUCAAGAAACCAA